AUGAUCUGUGCAUUGCGUGCUGCUAAGCAGGACUCUUCAUUCAUUGGGCCAUUCGAGGGCGUCUCUAUCUUCCACGACUGGUUCACGACCGCGUUUGGUCCAACCCAGGAUGUUCAAGAUGCAUCACCACACCCACACCGCUCCUUUCUCCCCGACAAUGUUCCCAUUGUGCUUACACACGCUGAUUUACACCCCAGCAAUAUCAUUGUGUCCUAUUGUUACAACCCUCAGAUAAUUGCAAUCAUCAAUUGGCAUCACUCGGGAUGGUAUCCGGAUUAUUGGGAGUAUUGCAAAGCUUGGUGGACUUCGCGGAUUGGCCAAGAAUGGGAAUCGAAAUUUCUGCCUCUAGUACUGGACCGUCGAGAUUUCUUUGACUACUGGGAUUAUUCCGUUCUAGCUCGUGGAGUUUGA